AUGGCCAGCCUCCAAGAUAUCAGUGUUUCGGCAGCUAUCAAUAUCCUCUCCGCAAUUGCAUUCCUUGUUGCGUUUGCAAUAUUACGACUACAACCCAUAAAUGAUAGAGUUUACUUUCCAAAAUGGUAUCUCAAGGGCAUAAGAGGCAGUCCAACCCGUUCUGGAGGCUUUGUGAGCACUUUCGUCAACUUAGACUUCAGAACAUACAUAAGGUUCUUGAGUUGGAUGCCAGCAGCUCUUAGGAUGCCAGAACCAGAGCUCAUUGAUCAUGCGGGACUUGAUUCUGCUGCAUACAUCAGGAUUUACCUUCUUGGAUUGAAAAUAUUCGUCCCCAUCACUUUUCUAGCUUUCGCGGUUUUGGUGCCGGUUAAUUGGACGGGAGGAACUUUGGAGACAAUAAAGGAUGUUACUUUCAGCAACAUUGACAAACUUUCGAUAUCCAAUGUUCCAUCUGGAUCACAAAGGUUCUGGGCGCACCUGGUGAUGGCCUAUGUCUUUACAUUUUGGACAUUCUACAUUCUGUAUAGGGAAUACAAGAUAAUGACUAAUAAGAGAUUGCAUUUCUUGGCAUCAGAAAAUCGUCGUCCAGACCAAUUCACGGUGCUGGUGAGGAAUGUUCCUCCAGAUCCCGAUGAAUCAGUCAGUGAGCAUGUUGAACAUUUCUUCUGUGUAAAUCAUCCUGAUUACUACCUUACACAUCAGGUUGUCUACAAUGCAAACAAACUGGCAAAGUUGGUUGAGAAGAAGAAGAGUCUGCAAAAUUGGUAUAUUUACUACCAAAAUAAAUAUGAGCGAAAUCCUUCUAUGAAGCCAACUACGAAGACCGGAUUUUGUGGUCUUUGGGGGACUAGAGUGGAUGCUAUAGAUUAUUAUGCUGCUGAGAUCGAGAAGUUAACUGAAGAAGAACAAGCAGAAAGAGAAAGAGUGAUCAGUGAUCCCAAGGCUAUUAUACCUGCAGCAUUUGUUUCAUUCAAGAGUCGUUGGGGAGCAGCUGUGUGUGCUCAGACUCAGCAAACAAGUAACCCCACAAUAUGGUUGACACAAUGGGCACCAGAGCCCCGUGAUGUUUAUUGGGACAAUCUGGCAAUUCCUUAUGUUGAGCUCACUAUUCGAAGACUACUUAUGGCUGUUGCUCUGUUUUUCCUUACAUUUUUCUUUAUGAUUCCCAUAGCAUUUGUCCAAUCUCUUGCAAACAUUGAGGGGAUUGAAAAGGUUGUACCCUUUUUAAAGCCAUUAAUUGAAAGGAAGGGCGUGAAGUCUUUAAUUCAAGGAUUUCUCCCGGGAAUUGCCUUAAAGAUCUUUCUUAUUUUACUUCCAACUAUUCUCAUGACAAUGUCAAAAAUAGAGGGCUUUGCCUCUCUCUCUUCUUUGGAGACGAGAUCAGCUGGAAAGUACCAUUUGUUUGUGCUGGUCAAUGUGUUUCUUGGAAGCAUCAUCACAGGAACAGCGUUGCAACAACUCAAUCUUUUUCUCGAUCAGGCUCCGACAGAGAUACCUAAAACUGUCGGUGUGUCUAUUCCUAUGAAAGCAACUUUUUUUAUUACUUACAUAAUGGUGGAUGGCUGGGCUGGAAUAGCGGCAGAGAUUCUUAGAUUGGUUCCCCUAGUUAUGUUCCAUUUGAAGAAUACUUUCUUGGUAAAGACAGAAAAGGACAGAGAGCAGGCAAUGGAUCCGGGUUGCCUAGGCUUCGCGACAUCUGAACCUCGGAUUCAACUCUACUUCUUGCUGGGAUUCGUCUAUUCAGUUGUCACGCCUGUGCUGCUUCCUUUCAUUAUUGUCUUCUUUGCUUUGGCCUAUAUGGUUUUUCGUCACCAGGUUAUAAAUGUGUACGAUCAAAAAUAUGAGAGCGGGGCAGCCUUCUGGCCAGAUGUGCAGAGGCGCUUGAUUAUUGGGAUGGUAAUAUCUCAGCUUCUACUGAUGGGACUAAUGAGCACAAAAGGUGCGAAAAGCUCUACACCGCUUCUCAUUGUGCUACCCAUUUUAACCAUCUGGUUUCAUAUAUUCUGCAAGGGACGUUUUGAAUCAGCCUUUGUCAAGUUCCCGUUACAGGAUGCCAUGGUAAAAGACACACUCGAGAGGGCCACAGAACCGAACCUGAACUUGAAGGCUUAUCUCCAUGAUGCUUAUGUACACCCUGUUUUCAGGGGAGGCGAGUUGGAAAAACCCGCGGUGAUCGAUGAGGAAGAGAACAACCCUCUUGUGCCGACGAAAAGGAUGUCUCGACGUAGUAGCAAGUACGGUUCUGAUGUCAGUUCGGAAGCGGGAAACUGAUAUGUAGGACAGCAAUUCCCUUCAUAUUUUGCACAGAUAUCGUACAAGCCCGAGGAUUUUGAGCUUCAUUUGUCAAUAGAAGGAAACGAGACUCGUAGGUGUACAUCCCCGUAGAGUCGGUCCUGGUAUAGGAAUUUUUGAAAAUGAUGGUCCGGGUGCAGAAUCACCUCUGUUAAUUGUACAGCUACAGCCCAAUUUCAUCCGGCUUGUAUGGGGCCCCUUCUAGCAGAAAUUUAGAUUUGCAAGAGUUGGAGAUUUCAACAUGGAUUUGCGAAUUU